AUCAUCAUUUCCAAUUGCUACUAUUCUCCAUUCGUCGCAACUUUACACGGGGAGGGUGUAGACUGUAGAGAUAGAGAGAAAUCAAAACGAUGUCGCUCUGUUCAUCUUUCUCGUCUCCCCGUUCUCUCUCUUUCUUCUCCAAAACCAGACCCUUUAAAGAUGAUCCCAAACCCCUUGCAACCUCUCGCUUCAGAGCUUGUGCCGACGUUCCCGAUUUUCUCUCUGCCGAUUGGCUUGAAUCUCGUAAGAAGAGACCUUUUGGCCCAAGAUUAAAUUUUGGUGCAGAAGAAGCUGUCCAGUACCAGCUUGACGCACUCAAAUACAACGACCAGCCCCGUCAAGAUUAUGGCAUCGAGGUUAUGUACAGGUUUGCUGGAUUCGAUCCUUUUGAAAGGUCCACCUAUUUUGGACCCUUUUUCGAUUUGGGACAGUUUGAACGGUUUAGGCGGAUUUUUCACCAUUCAACCUAUCGAGUUUUACUUGGUCAUAAGGAUCGAAAGAUUCUUAGCAGUUUGUUUGUGAAGGAGAACCGAUUCAAGCAGAGGGUUUGGAUACAAGGAAGUCGCCCGGAGGAAGAAGAAACAUUUCAGUUUACCAUGGUUCAGGUUUGUUCAUGGCACCUUUUGUUUAUGGCAGAGGGUUGGUGGUUCUUGGGAUGGUUAUUGGCUGACGGAAAGUCUACUUCACGAUGGAGAUACUUUUGCAGGUGGAUUGGCUUACUGAAUAUCGAAUGCAGCCAUGGGGGGACUUCAGUUAGUUACUUCUGCCCUGUUGUUGAAACAUAACAUUGUUCGACUAAACCUCAGAAUCUGUACAUAUGGAAAAAUGUAAAGCGAUGUCACUUCAACAUUAAUUUUUGUAAAUAAAGAGUGUAAUUAAUUAUUAGUUCUGAUGUA